GAAAGCAUAUUAGCAUCAAGUUUCCUUGAAAUGAGCAAGAAUCAAAUUUUGCGGAUGAAACUUUUUGUAUAUAUAGUCAUCAGGAUAUUUCUUGCUCUCCUUGCGUUUCGUGUACAAAAACCGCGAGAGCUAUAUCGAAUGCCUAGUGUCUAAUCCCAUCACACAAAACUUACCAAUAGUCCAAAGUCGAGCUCACCCCACUCUUCAAAAUGGGUAUUCCCUACAGUAAACAGAUUCAUUCCGCUUUCGACCAGUCGCAAAUAAUGAUGCGACGACUCCAAACUGAAGUCACACCUCUUGUCGCAGCCGGAUAUCCGUUGGUAGCGUCCGGCUUCGAAGUCCUCAAGACAACCAAAAAUAUUGCCAUAUUAUUGGCGGUAGUACAAGUUUAUACUGCUCUUAUGCUGACAGUUAUUUUCGGGGUCGGCUGUAUGCUUUUGGUAACGACGAAUCCGGAUUUAGAAGAUGAGAGAAGAAGGAUGAUUAGUCCUACUGUGAGAGCAGGAGUGGAAUGGAUCGAAAAGUGGGGAGGGUGGGUGGAGUGGAGCGUCAAGUUUGGGAUUGUGUGUGGAGUGGCGGGGAUGGGAGUGGGUGUUUGGAAAGGGGAGAGGGCAGGAGAAAUGGAAAGUAAGAUGGUUGUUGAGGGUGAAAACGAGACUGGGAGUGAAGACAAGGAGGAGGAUGGAAGUGAUGAAAAAAAUGAAGUGGAUGAUAUGGAUGAUGUUGGGAAGUAGGAGGCCCUUCCGCACCAGUUUUCAUGAGUUUAUGAGAACUAUCGCAGUUUCGUCAUUUGAUUUUUGUCUUUCAGGGAGCGCGAUACCACUGAGGCAUUUGGGAGUUGGUGGAACACUUGGGAUCUGGGUUGAGAAUACUAAUAAAAUCUAUCUAUCAUUAAUAUCUCGGAACUAAUGCAAAUAAAUAUGAUUGCGUCUAGAUUAUUGAGCUCA